AUGACGCAGAGGCGGCCGGAGUGGCCGAUGCCCACGCGCCCGGCACCGCAGCCAGAGACUGAAGCCAGCUCUGCGAGCAGCGCUGCACAGCCUGCUCGGCAGGAGCCCGCCGGCAGUGCGGGGCCGCCACCCCCCCAGCAACCCUCGGCACUGCAUAACGCAGAGCGGCCGGAGUGGCCGAUGCCCACGCGCCCGGCAACGCGGCCAAAGGCUGAAGCCAGCUCUGCGAGCAGCGCUGCACAGCCUGCUCGGCAGAAGCCCGCCGACAGUGCGCUGCCGCCGCGCCACCGCCGCGUGAACGCGGUCUUCGGCACUGACGACCCCAGCAUGGCGCCGCUGCAAGAGGUGCUGGAGCAAAUCGGCACCGAGUUCCUCUUCGGGAAAGUGGCGAACGUCGUGGCAUCGUCGACGGGAUGCUACGAACUGGCGACUGUUCCAUGCAUCGUCGACAAGCUGGAAACAUUUUUGGAGAUCGUCGAGGAGCAGCGCUCCCGCCAUCUGCGCCGGCAUCCGUCACUGGCCUCCGACGCCGUGUUCAGUCACGAGGACAUGCAAGAGAUUCACCGUGCGUGGAUGGAAAACCACGAGAGCUGGAUGAAUGCCGAGACCAUUCGCAACUACAACUGGUGGCUUGAAGGAACGGGCAAAGGCGACCGCCAGAAAGCUCAUCAGUUACGGCGUAGUGCCUUUUCGGCGGCUCUUUUCCAGAUCAUCGGCAACAAGCACGUGGUGCUGGCAUCCAUUCAGCAUCCGAUAUGCAGUGCUGCACAGCCUGCAGAUGCGAUCCGGCGCUUCAUGCGCGCUUGGGACGAGGAGAAGUCUUCGGAGGACUACAAGAAGCGGACGCAGAUCUCCGAACGCCUGACGAAGGAGCGAAGAGCUCUGAAAAACGCCGCCCACGCAGCUCGGCAAGCACUCGUGCGAGGCAGAAAAAUUGGCUGGUGGGAUUCACGCAGCCAUCCUCUGGGACUCCAAUCAGCGGGCCGCGUUGUCGGGCCAGGACAACGCUCUCCUCGACGACUUCAUCUGCGGCAGGCUCGACCGCGUUCGCGAGGAGUGCGACGCUGCUUUCGGGUGGAACAAGGACAUGCGGACCGCCGCGGGAAGUGCGGCCGAGAAAAUCGGGCGAUGAGAGCGUCACUUUCCGCGGUGCUGCACAGCCCGUGUCAGUUCAGGCUUUCGCAUGCUUGUGCAAUGCAGCAGUCUUCCGUGUAG